UAUCAUGUCCCGGGGACCAAUUACAGAUGCGACGGAUUUGUACAGAGUCCCAACGGAAAAGGAACCAUUUACGAAUUUUAUGGUUGUGUGUUCCACGGCUGUCCCUCCUGUUUCCCAGAAGACCGAAAUUACACCAAACAUCCUUCCACCAAUCAAACUAUCAAAGAAUUAUACGAUAUGACAAUAAACAGAGAAAAAGAACUUAAAAAUCUGGGAUACAGCUUGGUUACUAUAUGGGAGCAUCAGUUUAAAUAUCAGUUGGAUAAGAAUGCGGUUUUGCAACAGUUUGUGUCGACCCUAGAUCUCCAAGACCGACUCGACCCACGGGACAGUUUUUUUGGUGGUAGAACCAAUGCCAUUAAACUACAUUACAAAGCAGGAGAAGACGAAACCAUACAGUAUUACGACUUUACCAGUCUUUAUCCUUGGACCAACAAAUACUGUCGCUACCCCGUUGGUCAUCCUACCAUUGUGACGGACAAUUUCCAGGACUUGUCACAGUACUUUGGACUUGCCAAAAUUAAAAUUCUACCUCCUAGAAAACUUUAUCAUCCUGUACUUCCUUAUAACUCGAAUGGAAAAUUAAAGUUUCCACUGUGUCGCACAUGUGCGGACAGUGAAAAUCAGAGUGAAUGUACAUGUACUGAAGAAGACAGAGCCAUCACGGGCACGUGGUGUACUCCCGAAAUUCAAACGGCAACGUCUAAAGGAUACAAAAUUUUAAAUAUUUAUGAGGUCUAUCAUUUUACCGAAUCGUCAAAAUACGAAGUCGAGUCGUGUGAGGGGGGAUUGUUUGCUAAAUAUGUAAAUAUGUUCUUAAAAAUCAAACAGGAGGCUUCGGGAUUUCCAGCCGAAUGCGUUACGGAAGAAGCUAAAUGGAAAUACAUCAGGGAAUACAAAGAAAAAGAAGGCAUACAAUUAGACUAUAACAAAAUUAAAAAAAAUCCCGGUUUGCGAUGCUUAGCAAAACUCUGUUUAAAUAGCUUUUGGGGUAAAUUUGGUCAAAGGUUAGGCAUGCAACAGUCUAUGUUUAUUCACGAAGCAGAAGCCGAAAAAUUUUUUCAGAUGCUUUCAGAUCCAACAAAAGUACCACACAAUUUUCACAUUGUUUCAAGAGACAUACUCCAUUUAGAGUGGAGUAACAACCCUUUGUUUACUCAGUUCGAUAACAAAACCAACAUAUUCUUAGCUUCUUUUACCACCAUGUGGGCUCGACUCAAAUUAUACAGUGUUCUUGACAAUUUAAACGAGAAUGUUUUGUAUUUUGAUACAGACAGUGUCAUUUUUAAGGCUAAAAAGUCGGACGACUUGAGUUAUCUACCCAUUGGUAAUUACUUGGGAGAGUUGACUAACGAGAUCGCCCCACAAGAUGGUUACAUUGUUGAAUUUGUCUCGGGGGGUCCCAAGAAUUAUGCUUAUCGUACGUUGUCGGGAAAAGAAGAAUGUAAAGUUAGGGGAUUUACACUGAACUGGGCCAACUCAAAACUGAUCAAUUUCGAUGCCAUCAAGUCCAUCAUCUGUACCUCACACGACCGACAAAUCGAAAUUGUCAACCCUUGUAAAAUAUCCAGAGACAGUAGAAAGAGGAAAUUGCUAAACAGAGUAGAAACUAAAAAUUAUAAAAUGGUGUACACCAAAAGGAGAAUUCUUCCCAACUUAGACACGUUGCCCUUUGGAUUUUAA